AUGACAUUUUGUGAUGAUGAUGAUGAUGAUGAUGAUGAUGAUGAUGAUGAUGAUGAUGAUGAUGAUGAUGAUGAUGAUGAUGAUGAUGAUGAUGAUGAUGAUGAUGAUGAUGAUGAUGAUGAUGAUGAUGAUGAUGAUGAUGAUGAUGAUGAUGAUGAUGAUGAUGAUGAUGAUGAUGAUGAUGAUGAUGAUGAUGAUGAUGAUGAUGAUGAUGAUGAUGAUGAUGAUGAUGAUGAUGAUGAUGAUGAUGAUGAUGAUGAUGAUGAUGAUGAUGAUGAUGAUGAUGAUGAUGAUGAUGAUGAUGAUGAUGAUGAUGAUGAUGAUGAUGAUGAUGAUGAUGAUGAUGAUGAUGAUGAUGAUGAUGAUGAUGAUGAUGAUGAUGAUGAUGAUGAUGAUGAUGAUGAUGAUGAUGAUGAUGAUGAUGAUGAUGAUGAUGAUGAUGAUGAUGAUGAAAAAUUUACCGAAUAA